AUGUCGGCGGAGACGGAGACGAGCGCCGCCGCGCCGGCGCCCGCGCCCAUGCGGUGCCAGCGCAUAGGCUGCGACGCCAUGUUCACUGACGACGACAACCCCGACGGCUCCUGCCACUACCACCCCUCCGAUCUGGGUGUAGUCGGGUGUCGAAGGUGUAGAUCCUCUACGCCCACGGAUGGCACCAAUCGGGAUAGCUGCUGUGUCGCAGAAAUUGUAAUCUACCCAAAUCUUGGAGACAGUCAACUAAGCAUGUACUCUUAUUAUGUUGUUGGCAUCAACAUUGAAUCGACCCAUAUGGUGCCUAUGUUUCAUGAUGGCAUGAAAGAGUGGAGCUGUUGCAAGCAAAGAAGCCAUGAUUUUAGCUUAUUUUUGGCUAUUCCUGGAUGCGCCACAGGGAAGCAUACAACUGAGAAACCAGUCACAAAAGCUGUUUCUCUUAACUCAAAGGCAACCCCACCAAAGUUAGCUCCAAUCCAGUCUUCUAAGCAGGGUGUGGAAACCGAGGCCUGCUCCAGGUGCCGUCAGGGUUUCUUUUGCUCCGACCAUGGAUCACAGCCGAAGGCACAAAAACCAGUUGCUGUAAAUGGUACAAAUACGGAACCUGUCGAAAAAUGCUCAGUUCCACAGCCCAGGAAAAAAGUUGUUAAUAUAAAUGAGCCUAGGGUUUGUAAGAAUAAAGGAUGUGGUAAAACCUACAAGGAGAAGGAUAACCAUGAUGCUGCAUGUGAAUACCAUCCAGGUCCUGCGGUUUUCCAUGACAGGAAUAGAGGGUGGAAGUGUUGCGAUAUCCACGUCAAGGAGUUUGACGAAUUUAUGGAGAUACCUCCGUGCACAAAGGGGUGGCACAAUGCCGAUGCUGUCCUCGUGCAUAAGGUUGGCAUCUUGCCGCAAUUUCUGGAGAACUGUGCUUGGAAGUGUGACCUGAUAUUCAAGAAUGGGCCUGCUUGA